AUGUCACAACUUGAGCAAGCUAGUGUAACAAUGAACUCAUCACUGGAAUUCAUCAACAUGCAAAAUCCUCCUCCACCUAAGGAUUCUCCGUAUUUGGCUUAUAUUGACAAGGGUUGUGGUGAAUCUCCAACAAAUAUAAAGUCAGUUCCUUAUCCAACCAGAAGAAGAUCAACAAAUUAUGUAAAUACAUUGAGAGAUAAAGGUUUGUUGAGGGAAAUGGAGGAGGUGAGAACAGAUGUAGACAAGGUAUCCAGUAAAGGAGAUAAUAACUAUACAUAUGGAAACUUAACGUCAAUGAGCCAACAAGAUAUGAAACACGAGAGCAGCAAGUAUUUCAUGGCUGGUUCAUCGCACAUACCUCCACAAUUUGAUAAACUAGUAUACAUGGGCGACUCUAUAGAUUAUGAUGGGCCUAGGAGACAAUAUAUGGAAGCAGAAGAUGCUAUGGAUCCGUUAUAUAAAGGUUAUAAUGGAAAAGUGUAUAAACGCCGGCCCUCCUUUCAAUAUGAGGAUUUCAAGAAAGAUGUCUAUGACAAGUUGCAUAUAUUCAAUGACAACUAG